AUGGAUGCGUUCUCGUUGUAUUCUUCUGUGAUUAGGUAUUUAGAACGUGAUUCAUUUCUAUCACGAGUUAAAAGCCGUCUAAUAAAAACAUUAUGUGAAAAGAGACGUCCUGUAUCAAUUGUGCCUAUACAUCUUCGUCUUCAUGAAUUGGCGGAGUUUCUAGGAUCUUCUGUGAUUGAAAUAAUCAACCGUGUCUCCAUUCUUGAAAAAAUGCUUCAGAAGAUAAUAUUUUGCCUCGGAAUUGAAGCUGACAUACUUUGUGAAGAUGACGACAUGAACUGUAUUCUCCUUGAACUAACAUUCACCGACAUAUUAUGCAUUCCCGAACCUCGGUGUAAAUUUUGCAAUAAAGAAGGGAAAGAAGAAAUAGAAAAGAGAUCAUUCUCAGAAACGGUAGAAUUUCUCUUACUUCCAAGACAGGACAAAGAAACAGGGACCAUUCUAGAUCGAUUCAGAAUCAAAAGAAGCAUCAGGUGCUUCGUGCUUGCUAAUGACAUUGCUUUGCAGGUUUACGGUAUUGUAGACAUUACAGUGAAUCCUAUAGACCCAUGGAAAUGUGCAUUGAGUACAGUUGUCAAAAGUUUACCUAGUUAUGUUCCUGCCUACGAAUUCGGGAUUGCGUUUACAUUUGCAUUCAUGUUUUUAGAUAAUAUCACCAAACCGGGCACCUUUUUCUUGUUAAAAUGGUUGCUACUUUUACUUCUGACCCAGAAUGAAUUUACAGAACCAAGCAACGAAGGAACUUCAUUCUCAAGAAGUUCAUCUAGGCCUCCAGCUCUACUUCUUUUAGGAUCCUUGGGUGAUAGUAUAUCAAAUAAAAUACUAAGAGCUGCAGGACAAUAUGCCAAACCUUUUUGUGAACACAAAUCUAGUGGGAGCUUACUACCAACAUCUUUAGAAAUGGACUCAACCGGAUCCAAGAAACCUAACUUGAAAUGUCUAAAAAAGACAGCACAGCAGAAAAAUACUCUUCGAACCAAAACCAUAGAAUUAGACAAGACAUGUUCAAAUGCUGAGAACAUAGUUAUGUGUGGAACCAUAGAACUGGCGUCUGGAGGGAUAGCUUUCUUCCCAAAUUUGGAACUUUAUAAAAAGAAAGAAUUGACCAAUCUUAUAUAUGCUUUAGAGAAUAUGGCUGUCAGUACUUCGUUUGUACAGCAUGAAAAUAAAUCACCUCCUAAUCAUGAAAACACUGAUGAAUUGCCUUACCCAAAUGAAACAACUAUCUGGGCUACUGCUGAGAUCACUUCAGCAUAUAGAGAAAAGCUCAAAGAGCCUACUUUUAAAUUUUCGCAAACUGAUUUAUUUGACACAGAACCUUCUACACAAACAACAACAGCAACAACAAAGUGGACAUGUAGUUCUUUAUUAAGAAAAGGAAAUUUAAAGAGAAUUACUCAUGCUUUCGAUCUCGUUAUCUAUACUGAAGAAGUUGCCGGGCCGAUGGAACUCAUGGACGAGUCACUGUCCGAUUUGUGUUUAAAAAUGGCUGACAAAUCCAGUGUGGAAGAAUAUUCGUCAAGAUUACCUUCACACUCAUAUAUGAGAAUAUAUACAAGUCUUUUAGAUGCUUGCAAAAAUUCACCUCCGGUGAAGAUUGAAGACGACGCCAGCCAAUUAUUGAAAGUUUAUUAUUUAGCAAUGAGGCGUUCGUCCAUCGGCGAUCAACAGACAGCUCCAGCUUCUGCACUGCCUACACUAUUUAAACUAGCUAAAGCUAAUGCUAAAAUUAAUGGACGCAUUGUUGCUACUGAAGUUGAUGCUACUAUUGCAAUCUAUAUCUACGAUACUUUUAUCGAGUUCCAAACAGGUACAAGCUAUCUUGGGUUGAAACCGUUACAUUAUGUUUCAGGAAUGGAGCAAACAUCAAUGGAAGAGCUAAAUAGUACGCUGAUGUCAAUAAAUAAGCAACUAAAGGAUUUGAUAAAUGUCGCUAUGGAUGAACUGUAA